AAGGUAUAUAAUUGCUUAUCAAAACUUGUAUGUGUUCCAUGGCAGAGCUUGGCCAUUCAAAACUGAUCACACUAUUGCUGCCCCUCCUCCUCCUCCUCCUCCUUGUAAAAAGUGGCAGCGGUCAUGACGAGUGCCGGGAAUUGUCUUGUGGACCUUACGAACCUCGUGUUAAAUUCCCCUUUCAACUAGUCAAAGGUCCACAAGAUCGAUGUGCUUUUCCUGAGUUUUGCCUAUACUGUGAUGACCAUAAGAAAACUAUGCUUUCACUCCCAACAACUUCAGGUCCGAUCAAAUUCCUUGUUGUUGAGAUAUACUACAAACCACAGUCGAUUCGACUGAUGGACCCGGACAAUUGUAUUCCAAUGAAGUUUCUCAAACUUAACGGUUCAUCAUUUCUAUCUUAUCAUUUUUAUUCAGUACCAGUGACAAAUAUCACCUUCCUCAACUGCUCUUCAGUUGAGCAUCGAUACCGGAGAAGGUAUUCGCAAGAUAUGUUUAAAUGUCCAAUUUAUGUUUCAAAUUCAUACCAAAGUGUCUUGGGAUUGGGCCUUGAGUCGUGUACCAAGAUGUUCGAAGUCACAGCAUCCACCAGUCUAGAUGAGCUACCAUAUAGUUGGUCGUUGAACUUGAGUUGGCCAAAACCUGAUUGUACUGAGUGUGAAGCCAAAGGCAAAAGGUGUAGAUGGAACCAUAACAGCACCAAAGGUGACAUUGAAUGUUUCGACUGUAUUAGAAAACAGAAAUCAAUCCAUAUUCCGAAAUUUCUUAUUUUCGUCGCUACAGGUUCAAUUCUUUUAGGGUUGGUGAUGAUUGCAAUUAUUAAGAUCUAUUUAUAUUUUAGAGAAAAAGAAGAAGAUCAAGUUAGAGUUGACAAAUUUUUAGAGGAUUAUAGAGCACAACAACCUACUAGAUUUUCCUACGCUGAUAUAAAAAGAAUGACAAGUAGAUUCAAGGAAAAAGUAGGAGAAGGAGCUCAUGGAAAAGUAUUUAAAGGAAAACUCUCGAACGAGAUUUUGGUCGCGGUGAAGAUGCUCAACAAUACCACCGAGGGAGAAGGGAAAGAGUUCAUUACAGAAGUGGGAAUUAUGGGCCAAAUCCAUCAUAUCAACGUGGUUCGUUUGCUAGGAUUUUGUGCAGAGGGAUUCCACCGCGCUCUUGUUUACAAUUUGUUUCCUGAGGGCUCCCUACAAAGUUUCAUAUUUCCACCAGAUAAUACAGACCAUUUCAUGGGGUGGGAGAAGCUACAACAAAUUGGUAUUGGCAUAGCAAGAGGAAUUGAGUAUCUUCACGACGGUUGUAAUCAUUCAAUCCUUCACUUCGACAUCAACCCUCACAAUAUUUUGCUAGAUGACUCGUUCACUCCAAAAAUAUCUGAUUUUGGUCUUGCCAAACUAUGUCCUAAGAAUCGUAGUGCUGUGUCAAUGACAGCUGCUAGGGGAACCUUGGGAUACAUGGCACCUGAAGUUCUAUCACGAAAUUUUGGAAAUGUGUCUCUUAAAUCGGAUAUUUAUAGCUAUGGGAUGUUGUUGUUAGAAAUGGUUGGAGGAAAGAAGAAUAUAGACGUAUCAUCUCCCGAAAAUUUCCAUGUUUUAUAUCCCGAUUGGAUUCAUAAUUUAUUGGAAGGAGACGUACAUAUCAAUAUUAUUGAGGAUGAAUGUGGUUUUAAAAUUGCAAAAAAACUUGCGAUUGUUGGACUUUGGUGCAUUCAAUGGCAACCGGUGAACCGUCCAUCCAUAAAAUCGGUCAUACAAAUGUUGGAAACCGGAGAGGAGGACAGCCGGUUAAAUGUGCCUCCUAAUCCCUUUCACUCAACGACUUCAAUUACCGCUACUGAAAGCAGUUUGCCAAGACGGCCUUUUCAAAUGGAAGUGAUUCAUGAAUAAGUGAAGAUGAUCAUUUUAGACUAAUUUGUAUUGAAUAUUGAUGCCUUAUUAUUGAGACAAAAAUUGAGUAUUUUAAAAUGUGAUAAACAAAGUAGCAGAUGUAUUUGUGGGAGUACACUAUACUCUAAAGAUAUUUGUAACAUUCCGAUUUUUAAGAGCGAGUAUAAUUUCUUAUUAAAA